AUGGAAAAUUAUCCUAGUACUUUUCGUGCAACACCUGCAUCGACAUUUCUGUACAAUUCAUCGCUAUCAAUAGAUGCUUAUCAUUACUGUAAUCGUGUUGAUAAAUGGUACAAGGAACACCUCAGUCCUGAUAAAAAUGAUAUUGUAAAGCGUCACGGUUUACUUCCACCAUUUACUCAAUUCGGAAAAACUUCCGCUCUCAUCCUAAAUAUUAAAGCUCAUCUUUCGUCCACGUACGAUCUUCGCAUUGACCUUCAUGCAUUCUUCCCGAUCCAUCAACUCCAACUACAACAACACUCUAUUGAAGAUAAUGAAGGCCAACACAUUGAUCUGCCAGACGAAUCUCAAACAGCACCGACUGCGUUCGUCACCAGAACUAACGAUCCCAAUGACACAAACAGUUCCUCGUUGACAACAGCAUUCUACGCCGUUAUUCUUCCUUACAAAACCAUUCCUCGACAUAAUAAUCAAUCAACCAUCUCGAAUUCCGACUCAUAUCAAAACUAA